GAGAGAGUGAAAAGGAGGGAGGGAGAAAUAUAAGCGACACAGAAAUAGAGGGGAAGGUAACACAGCAGAUUACUUCCCUGCCAGGCUCACCAUGUUUCUGCUGCAGACUGUGACUGUUAUUUCUCUGACUGUCAUUCUCCUGGGCUCGGUGGAAGGUAAGGGGGUACAGAUGCAGAGAGAUGUUCAGUGCUGUAUGCAGUACUCCCAGGGGAAAGUUCGCACCAAAGACGUGCUGAGGUUUGAGGUACAGACGGAGGGGCCAGACUGCAGCAUAAAAGCCAUCAUACUGUACACCAAGAAGGUGGUGAAGUGUGCUGACCCCAGAGACAGAAAGGUCAAGAGGUUACUGAGGAAGCUGCUCCAGAGGCAGAGGACCAAAGCACAUAGGAUCAUGUGGCUCCACCCUCAUGGCAACCUGCCAGUCAUGUCGGAGGUGGGAAAUAUGCACCGUGUUUAUACACAGGGCUCAAUUCAAUCUAACCCACAUUGCAGUUAUACUACGUUAAGAUACUACAUAAACAUUCCUAUGGUGGGAGUGAUUGAAUCCAGGCUGUACAUCCAAAAGGCUUUAUUAGAACGAGUGGAAAUAUUAGCUUUAUUGAAAAGUGUGCCGUAGACUUUACCCCUGAUUAUGUCUCCAUAUACAAUGAUUUUCCACAUUUGAAUACACUGCUGUACAGUUUUCUUUUCUCUAUCAGGACAAGAAGGAUGGGUGGGAUGCCUUCCAUGUGGAAUGUGUGUGAGGUUGUUGUUACCACAGGAUAAUUAUUGUCAUAGGUGACAUCUGUUCAUCCUUUUACUCCAGCAAUAUUGUAUUGUCUCUGUUAUGACCGAAAGUAUCUGACAUUUAUGGUGCACUUAAAUUGCCCUUUGGGGACAAAGAUUUACUGAACUGAACCAAACUAUCUCUCCUGUCAUUGCAGGCCAAGUAAACUUCCAGCGGCUUGUCAUCCUAACUCAGCCAAGCUUGCUGACUCUCCAGUCGUCUCGUGUCACUGUCUAUCUGCCUGGGA